AUUUUUAUAUAAUGAUAGAAAAGGAGUUCUUUCGUCUCAAAAUCUGAAUAAUAUUAUUCAUUAUUUCAAUUUUUCUGGGCAUUCAUCGAAAGGAGAUAUGUGCUUCGAAUUUGACCAAUUGAGAUAUAGGUAAACAUUAUUUUUUGAUUAUUUAUCCAUUCCAAUUUUUCGUCUAUUUCUGUAUUUUUUUCUAAAUUCAUAGGUUCGAUAACUUGUAAUAGAACUGAUGCGGGAGAGAAAUAUUAGAUUACAUAGAGUCGACGAAUGAGAUAGGUUCAUUAACAAUUCAGAGAUGAAAAAAUGGAAAAAAAGAAAGCAUUCACUCCUCUUUUAUAUCUUGCAUCUAUAGUAUUUUUGCCCUGGUGGAUUUCUCUCUCAUUUCAAAAAAGUAUGGAAUCCUGGGUUACUAAUUGGUGGAAUACUAGGCAAUCCGAACCUUUUUUGAAUGAUAUUGAAGAAAAGAGUAUUCUAGAAAAAUUCAUAGAAUUAGAGGAACUCCUCUUCUUAGAGGAAAUGAUUAAGGAAUACUCGGAGACACAUCUACAAAACCUUCGUAUAGGAAUUCACAAAGAAACAAUCCAAUUAAUCAAGAUACACAACGAGGGUCGUAUUCAUACGAUUUUGCACUUCUCGACAAAUAUAAUCUGUUUCAUUAUUCUAAGUGGUUAUUCUCUUUUGGGUAAUAAAGAACUUGUUAUUCUUAACUCUUGGGUUCAGGAAUUCCUAUAUAACUUAAGUGACACAAUAAAAGCUUUUUCUCUUCUUUUAUUAACUGAUUUAUGUAUCGGAUUUCAUUCGCCCCAUGGUUGGGAACUGAUGAUUGGCUUUGUCUACAACGAUUUUGGAUUUGUUCAUAAUGAGCAAAUUAUAUCUGGCCUUGUUUCCACUUUUCCAGUCAUUCUAGAUACAAUUUUCAAAUAUUGGAUUUUCCGUUAUUUAAAUCGCGUAUCUCCGUCACUUGUAGUGAUUUAUCAUUCAAUGAAUGACUGAAAAA